AGCGUAACUACAGUGAGAAAAGGGUCCGAAACUCAUGUUUCCAUAGCAUUGAAUGCAAGCCAUAAGGGUUUUCAAUGCAUUGGCGUUAAUACACGUCUAUUGAAGCGGUGUUUUUGGCUAACAAUACAAACACACAAUUAAAGUGCCUUUCAUUGCACCAUAGAGUCAGUUAUGAACACAUAUACAGCGGUGGUAUGUGUGGUGAUAGUGACCUGUUUGGGUGUCACACGUGGCCAACAGGACCUGUCCUCUCCUCAGUGCUAUUCCUUCGGUGGCGGACAUGUGUAUCCACAGGAGACCAGAAGUACAUCCACCGGUCAUCGGCUUCAUUGGAGUAAAACCCAGAUCUCGAAGUUGGCGCCGGACUGGGAGGGGACGGCUGUGAUAAACGGGGAGUUUAAGGAAAUGAAAUUAUCUCAGUUUCGCGGCAAAUAUCUGGUCUUCUUCUUCUAUCCGCUGGACUUCACUUUCGUGUGUCCCACAGAAAUCAUAGCAUUCAGUGAUCGCAUCCAAGAGUUCAGAGACAUCAACACAGAAGUGGUCGGUGUGUCCGUUGACUCUCCCUUCACACACUUAGCCUGGAUCAAAACCCCCCGAAAACAGGGAGGUUUAGGUUCUCUAAACAUUCCCCUCUUAUCAGAUCAAACCCAUCAGAUCUCAAAAGACUAUGGCGUAUACUUAGAAGAUUUGGGACAUACUUUGAGAGGACUCUUCAUAAUUGAUGCCAAAGGAGUUUUACGACAGAUAACAAUGAAUGACCUGCCGGUGGGCAGAUCCGUUGAUGAGACUAUCCGUUUAGUGCAAGCUUUCCAGUACACUGACCAACACGGGGAGGUGUGUCCGGCCGGAUGGAAACCGGGUGACAAGACUAUCAUCCCAGACCCUGAUGAAAAACUCAAGUACUUCAGCAAAUUGAGUGAUCCCGUCGUUCCUAAGAGUGAUCUCUGAGUGGAUUAUCAACAAAAGUUUCUAAUGAUUUCAUUUUAAUUUCCAAAUAUAUUGACUAUUUUUUUGUUUUUCAGGUAUUUUUUAAUUUUAUGUCAUAAUAAAUUUUGAUUCAAAGGUGUUUAAACAUA